UAAGUUAAUUCAUAAACGGAAUAAAAACGAAUAUAAUCGAAUAUCAAUAAUUAACCUAAGUGGAAAUAACUAUAAAAUAUUUUUGAUAUCGUAAAAUAAUUCCAUAAAUAUCAACAUGACUGCUUGAAUACUAAAAAUCGAGAGCAUCUGGAUUACGAGAUUUCGAUGGAUAUUAUAGAUUAUUAUUUGAAGUAUACUUUUCAUUUCCUGUCUCUCUCUGCUCAUUAGAGCAUUACGCUUUGUCUGUCUCGCUUCUCUGUAACAGCUGCUGCCGAAUAAUAUCGAAUACCAAAGAAUUUGAAAGUGAGAUGCGCAAUGCGUCGUUUAGAAUAAAAUAAAAUAAAGAAGAUAGACGUCACCCCUUCUCACGUUCGCAAUGUAACUGCGAAAUAUGAUAAAAGUAAACAAUGAUAAUGGUGGGUUCUUCAAUGAAACAGUAUCACGUUGAAAGGAAGAACGAAUUAAUAAUGGAGGAACAUCGAGAAAAUAAUUAAUAAAAUGAAAGUUAAGUAACGCAGUUUCUUUUGAAAUUUUAUUUACUUUUAAUGAAAAAUACAGUUAAUUUGUAGAAAAUGUCGAUGUCAUUGUGAACGCACCAUAAAACGGAAUGGGAGAACUUCCUUACCGAUAGUUUAUUGCUGUAGUAGCCGAGGUUGAAAUUAAAAUAAUGGUUCCUAGAGAAGAAUGUAGAUGAAGUUUGAAAAGAUGAACACAUGGGAGAACAUUUUUUUCAUUAUUCUUGAAAAUUAUAAAGAAACAAAAAUCGUCGAUAAGACACUAAAUUAUUGAAUUAUAUAUUUCAUUAUAUUUCAAUAUUUUUUUUUUAGAGAAGUUACCUUCUAGUAUAAAGAGCAAGACCAGGUAAACUAUCUGUUACCUACCAUAAAAUGAUUUUGAAAAUGAAUAUCAUAUUGUCACUUUUCUCGACAAAGGUGACACAGAGUGACGCUACUAUAUUCAUGAAAAAUGCAUGGUUUGGUCCAUUCCUCACGAAGAGACGUACAAAUCUUUUUAUUGUAUAGAAAACAAACUUAUACACAUAAAUUACCUCUAUAAAGAAAAGAAUAUUACGAAACAGCGGACGCAGAUUUCCACGGAGAGAUAAUUUGACGUUUGACCUAAACGAAUGAGAUAGCAAAAAGAACGUAAGAAAUUCUAAAAGAAGGGAAAGAAAAAAGAAGAAGUUGAAACACGUUAAGGCCGUUUCGAUGUGUGGCUGCAGUCGUAGAAAUGAAGCACACUGACCGUUCACCGUCAGCGAUAAUAUUUUUAAAUGAAAGCGGCGAGAGAGGCGACUGGCACAAUAAAUAUCGGGUUUAACGGAAAGACGCGAGUGUGUUGGAAGCACCACUUGCAAGUAAUGGUUACCUCUGUCCACCUCCUUUUUUUACCGCUUCCCUAGUUCAGCUACCACCUCGCGGCAUUCCCUUUAAUGUAUCUAACUCUUCUUCUCAUAUACCGAUACUUUCUCUCGCUUACUCAUUCUCUACGACUAUUCCGUCACGACGAAGUUUUGAUAAAAUGUCAGGAGAACGGCUAUUCCCAUUAUUCGAAGAAGAAUAAGAUUCCAUUGUGUAUUCAUCCUUUAUACACAUACUCUAAUCUUUGUUACCUUUAGAUUUAAAAGUUGUACUAUACUUUGCGAAUUUUUAUAAAAUGGAUUAUGUAUUAUGUAUCUAGGACUGAAGGAUACAUGGAAGAUGCAACUUAUACAAUAUUAUAUUUUUUCAUGAGAAAAGAAAUGAAUUUUCUUCUAGAUAGAGAUUUCGAAAACAAUCUUAAGACAACUAUAGCUAUCAGUCGUAACCACGAUUUUUCGGGUGUCGUCGUCUUGUCAGCCAGUCGUGUGUCGCAGUACUUUAUUUAUUCAUACCGAGGGAACGUGUAUGGGGAUUGGGGAAAAUUCAAAAGGAACGUUCGGAAUGGGAAGCAGAACUGGUGCCAGCAACAGUGCUGAUGGUGUUGAGACCGUCUAACGAUGACAUUUAAAUGCAGUGCCGCGCAUCGUUUGGUUCUUCGUGCCACGACGAUUCUCUCCUUCCCCGACCCCUUCUUUUUCCUCUCGUCUCAUCUCUACCCCUGGUUCAUCUCUACUCGAAAUACGCCGGGAUAUCUUGCUUAAAGAUAAUCGUGUAAAUUAUUGGAAGACUGAGGAUAGAUCGAGGAAUAUUUACAUAUCAGAGGCCCCGGAGGACCUGGGCAACGAUGGAAGCUGCCAGACAGGAAUGAUAGAAUGCAAGAGGGUAGCACCGCCGUGGCGCUAGCGAUGGUGACUCCUGGCUACGAUCAGGACCCUGCAAGUGGGGUUGCCGAUUACACGACUCAUCAAGAUCAGGCUCAGUUCGAGGCAGACAAGAGGGCAGUCUAUAAACAUCCCCUCUUCCCAUUGCUCGCGUUACUUUUUGAAAGAUGCGAACAAGCUACACAGAGUUCGGACAACUCGACGUCCGAAAGCUUCAACAUGGACAUACAGGCCUUCGUCCAACACCAAGAAAGAGACCGAAAGCCUUUCCUAAUCAAUGACCCCGAAAUUGACGGUUUGAUGAUCAAAGCGAUACAGGUGCUGCGGAUUCACCUACUCGAGCUGGAAAAAGUGCAGGAGCUGUGCAAGGACUUUUGCAACAGGUACAUCACGUGCCUGAAGGGCAAGAUGCAGAGCGAGAAUCUGCUACGCAGCGAUUACAGUCACCAUGGACACGAUAUGGGUCCAUCGAGUGGCAGCAACGGAAGCAGUCCUUUGCAGGUGCUGUCUUCUACAGGCAAUGAUGUUGAGUCGGGAGCUAACGGAUUCAGAGUGAGCAGAGGCGACACCCUGUCGGAGAACGGUGGUGCGAGUCAGUUGGCUGCGCAAGAGGAAACCGGUAACGACAGGCCGCCGUCGGUGCGAUCAUCUUCCACUGCUCAGCGUUCGAUCAGAUCCUCCAGCCAGGACCAUGACGAUCCACUGUCACCUUCCACGGUACACGGGAGCACACCACUUUCACAAAUUGGGGCUCAUUCCUGUGCACCAGUCAACGAUAUCUAUCUUGGUCAAGAUGAUAUGGACUGUGUGAAUAUUGGCGACAGAAUAUAUUUAGAAGAGGUUGGUUAUUGGGGCCUCCUUGCCUUGCAAGAGCGUGAAAAUGAAUACGUCGAUGUCGGGGAUGCGAAUGACGAAAAGUAUUUUGAUAUUACCGUGGCUGGUUCUCCUUCACCUGCACCAAGUGAAGACGAAGAUGAAGGAUGUGGCACUGGCACUGCUACUUCCAAUCACAGUAGUGGUGGUCAUGGAGGUAAUCAUAGCAGCGUUAAGAAAGGAAGACAAAAACGGGGCGUCUUACCUAAACAAGCUACAAGCAUUAUGCGAACUUGGCUCUUCGAACAUUUAGUUCAUCCAUACCCCACGGAGGAUGAGAAGCGUCAAAUAGCGGGUCAAACGAACUUAACGUUGCUACAAGUCAAUAAUUGGUUCAUCAAUGCUCGUCGAAGAAUCCUUCAGCCAAUGCUCGACGGUGCCGGAGCGGAUUCGAUACAGCGAGCCGGGAAACGUCACAAGGUAUCGAAACACGUGGUGCAACACCAACAGGUGCAGCCACAACAAGGCGGUGGCUGGCAAUCUGAAGAUUCUGGAAGUGACUCCGGUUCCAGCGACGGUGAGGGAGGUGCCGAUAGAUCGAAAGAUGGUAACGAUAGCGACGAAGAUGAUCUUCACUGACCUCUGUCGAUCAUUAAAACAUCAACCUCUUUACGGUACCUUCAAAUCCAGUUGCUCAUUACAGUAUUAAGGUAUUCGAGAAUAGAUUUCGCUUUAACUGUCAAAUACGUAAUUAUUCUCGCGAAAAUCAAGGGUAUUAUUGGUCGAGGUUAUCACGCUCUCUUAUCGGAUCCGACAGUUUCAAUCUCUUUUACUAUCCAUGGAGUAUCUUAGCGUUUUUAAACAUCGUUAUUCGUUAACUACGGUCCGAGAAAGAUUGAACAAGAAAUCCUGUAUAAUUCGUAACAUGUUCUUUCCCUUUAUUUUUAUUUUUUUUUUUUUAUACAUUGUCUGUAGGAAUAAUUCGAUCAUGAUAAGAAAGAAUUUUAGGAUUGUUAUAUUUUUUAAUCAGUUUCCUUAAUUCGUUGAUAAGCAAGUUACAUUGAAGCAACUUUUCUUCUUCUGAAUAAUUCGUUAUUUUUUACGGUUGUUUCUUCUUAAUGAUUCAAUUUUAAUGAUUAUUAAUUUAUGUGUAAUAGUUCAAGGCGACAAAUGAAGAUGGUAUAAAAAAGUCAUCGUUUGUAUCACAUACUGAACAAUAGACCGUGUUUUCCACGAUGUUUAUCAAUCGAGUUGUUUAGUUGAAUAGUUAGGGAGUAGUUCAAAUCAACUGAUUUGUAGAAGCAAAUUAUUUUUCGAAAGAAGACGGAAAUGUCCGUAAACAAUAUUCACACUGUGAAAGAUCUUUAUGGAGACGAGUAUAUUUGCGUGUAACAUGUACAUUUUUUCUAUGAUAUAAACUACGAACGAAGAGUUUACUCGUUUAACAAAACGAUUAGAAGCAAGUUAAAUCUAAGGUGGCAACAACACAAAAGUCAACGUUACUGUUUAUAUAUUUUUAUAUCGAAACUUUAUUUCCUUCAAGAUGCGUUUUUCCCAGGUUUCGCAGCGAUAUAAAACGUCUUUCAAUAUUUAACAACAAGACAAGAAAAAAGAAUAAGAUCAAUACGUGCUUAAAGAUCAUAAUUUCUGUAGAAAGUUAGCGAUCUUUAUAUCACUUUAUUUUCAAACUGUUCUGAAAUACUAUUAAACUUACAGAUACAUUUAUCCUAUGAACUCUGGGUGGAAUUAAAAAUGAAAUACUAACGACAUUUAAAGUAAAGGGGAAAAAAGCAAAGAUAAACGUUUGAAUAUUUAUUGGUUCGACCAGCCUCACACAAUUAACUCGAUUCCUGAAUAGUUUUGAGAGAAUUUAGGGAUAUUUCUGUAAAGGGGAGACAUAGUACUUUCUAUAGUGUUAUCGAAAAUCGUCCAAACGAGACUAUGUAUAAUAUAGAUAUCUUAAAUAACGACACAAAUGAACGAUCGUUCUCAACCCUUCCUAAUUAAAAUAAGCUAUGACGAUAUUGUGCUACUACAUUUAACAUAGGCGAGAUAUGUUUUUGUGAUCGGUCGGCAACCAUCGAAAUGCUAAAAAGAUAAACCUAAAUCCCGGGAAAAGCCAUGCGUAAAAAAUGAAGAACUGGAUUACAAUGAAUUAAAAAAGAAGAUGAUUGUGAUGAUCGGUCAGUAAAAUGGUAACAAUCUCGGUCUUGUACUCUUCGUGCCAUUAAAGAGCGUGGUAACUUCCGCGUUUAGUCUUUGUUCAGCUCUGCAGUGUCGUGACAUAGCGAAGUGCUAUCCCUCCAAGAUAAUAAUAAUAAUAAUAAUAAUUAAUAAUUAAUAAUAAUAACAAUAAUAUUAUUAUUAAUAAUAAUACCAUUACGACUAAUAAUGAUAACAACAACAAUGAUAAUAUAAUACUACUUUAAAUAUAUGAUGAUUAUAUUUUUAAACUCUAAGUGUCGUCUUUAAAAGAAGAAAAAAAAAAAAGAAAAAAACACGUGUACCGCAGUUUGAACAAAUGUGGUAAUGCUGUACAUAUACAAUAUACAAGAACUAUUAGAAAUAAAGGAGAAGAACGUUUAAUGUGAUUUCUCUUCAAACAGAAAGCAAGAGAAAACAGGAAAAAUUGAAGAAAAAUAUGAUUAACAAUACAUUUUCUUGUAACUGAAAAAAUACGACAGAGAAAAAAAGUCUAAGGCUCGACGACAAGCACAUGCCAUCUUAGGGUUAUAAGUGUUCAUACAUUCGCUGUCUGCAUAUGAUCGGUUGCGUUUUACUGAAAGUGUCCUCCAAAUUGCGCGUGCUGAAUAGUUAGCGACAUGUAAAAUGUUUUAAUUGAAAGAAUCAGAGAAAAUUGAACGGAAAACAUCACUUAAUCGACGUUGUUUUAAGUUCGAUGACGAUUAAUCAUGUACAUACACAUACGAUGCUCUUCCUGCAUACUUGUCUUCGAUUGUCCUCCAAUUAUUUCCAAGCGUUCCGUCCAUCGCAUUUUCAACACUGUUGAGAUCUUCGACUGCCUUCGAAACGCUAUUCUAAAAGAACAAGCAUUUUUUAAACGAUCAUUCAAAUGUAGAAGUGUAAUCGCAUCUAAGAACGCAACUUAAUAUUAGCAAUAAUUUUCAUAUUUCUUUUACGAUUUUCUCUACUCUUUUAAUGCCUUCGAUGAAGACUAUUUUUCUGUAUUUAAUCAUCCCUUAUCAAUCUGUAAAAUAUGUUAAGGUGAUAUUGGAGAGCGUUAUCGAGUUCCACCGGAUAAUAGGAGAAUGAGAAUGAAAUAAUGAUUCGUUUGAAAUGAAUUUCAUAAAAUCUCUUAAUAAGCUAUGUUGAUGUCAGUGAUUCCUACAUAUACAGCACUCUCUUAAUUUCUGUGCGAGGUAAUAAUAAUAUUAUAAUCUGUAAACAAAUAUAUGAGUAACAAACGAACGCUAGUCCACUGAUUAAAACGCAUAGAGGAUAGCCCGCAUAAGUAGUCGAUUUUUGGUCAUUUUUUGAUCAUUGAUCUCUUCCUAAAAGGACAAGAUGAAACGAUAAAGUUAAGUUAUAGAUGUGCAAAGAUAAGAAAAGAGCAAAUAAUAGUUAUUAAUGUAAACUAUGCGGUCGAUUCUCAAUGUACUCAGAGGAGCGAAAAGUUAAAAAUUAUUGAUUAGGUCUAUUGAUAUUUACUUUGCUAUUCAUUGGUAUUAUACUUUUCUUCCGGUAUAUAAUCGAUGUACAUAGCCGAAACAGGCACAAAGUGCUUCCAUUAGUGGCUUACGAGCUUUUUCCGAACAUUGUUCGAGACAAACUGAUUUCUAUUCCAAUAGUUGGCCAGUGUCUUAUCCGGCUGCUCGAAACUGUUAAACAUGUUCUAAGGGAAAGAAGCAAGUUAAUCGAGGCUUAGUAAAACGAUAUCAUCAGUUGAAGACAGCUUUUAUUACAGUAUAGCUCCAUAUACGGUGUAGUGAUGUAAGUGAAACCAGAAUAAAUGGGGCGAACGAUUGUGGACAAUGGUUGCGAAGAAAAAAAAGAAAAUCAACGAAAAAAACGCUGAUUCGAUUAUAUGACGAACUAUAUAUUAUUUAAUAGCAUUUUUCUACUUUGCUUUUAUCUCUAACUGGAUCAGCGAUUAAUAAAAAUGGUCUACGAUCGCUCGUACCGGUUAGUUCGUCUGUGUUUAUAAGUACCAGCAAUAAAUGCGCACUCUCCCUAAGAAAAUAGAACUAAGAAUCGUCAGCUCGUAUCGCGUCAAAUCACCUGGUACGGGACUAUACUGUACACUCUCGACUAAGUAUAAUUAUAAAGUAAUGGUAGAUUAAGAGGUAGGUUGUAAGGCUGAACCACGUAUACGUAUGUGCUGCGGCACCAGACGACUGUGAUAACUCGGUGGGCGGUGCCCAGCCUCCUACUUCAUACUUGUAUACUGAAAAUUAUGGAAUACUUCAAAGACACACACACAUACAAAUACAUCAUACAUAUACACAAGAUACAAAAAUCAGAGACUAAAUACACAAGUAGAAACAUUUACCAGAAAGGAUUGAAUGUAUAUGUUAGAGCUUGCAUUGAGAGAACUUAGUACUUGGUCCGUAGGCUUGCUUGGAUUGUUCUUUUUGCCCUUUAUAAGUUCUUGCUUGUGAUCAGUGGUUCCUAUUGAGAGUGCUUGUUUUAAAAGUAACUUGGACAUAUUUAAAAACCAACGAGUUGUCUGAAUUGGAUAUUUCAUAUAUUUUGUAAAUAGAAUAGUUGAUAGUAGAUAUACAUUUAUUAUAAUUAUACUAUACAAACAUACACGUACUAUAAUUGUUUACAUUAAAAUAUAAAUAGGGAUAUAAAAAUUCAAAACGUAUGAAUAUUUUCAUCCUUCCAGGUGCAUGAGGACGGACUUCCAAGUAAAUCUCUAAUGUUGCAUUAGUGAUUGAAGUGCAAGCUCUAAAAUAUUUGAGAAGAUAGGAAUGGACCGAAAAGUGUGAUGAUAAUAAGAGUUUUUUUGGUACAAGAUUAAGUUUCAUGUUUUGACUGCCUGAGUUCGUUGAAUUAUUUGUUUAUCUUCCAUAGACUUUUAUAACUAACAUACUAAAGAUAAUGUAUAUUACACAUGUUACAUUUCUCAUCUUGUUUUACAAUAUUUUGUACUGUUAUUCCGUUAAUAUCUGAUAUCGUCAGGGAACACCCUAGGAUAAAGUACUUCUUUUAAACUUUUUAUGUUGUAUACGUGCAUUGAUUUAUAUUGUUCUACUAUAAAUGUGAUACGAAAAAAAAUAGGACAACUCAAAUUUUAGGCUACCCGAUUUCCUAAUAUUAUCCUUGUUGUAAUUUCGUAUUCUCUAUUUUUUUUAAUUUCGUUAUAUUUUGUUACUCCUUAAAUAAUAAUGAACUAUACAAAUAUUUGUAAGAAAUAUGUUUUAGUUCAUGUAUUUUAUAAAUAUUCACGAAAUCUCUAGAACAAAUAUUCUGUACCUUUUUAAAGAUAUUUAAAUGUACAUUAACAAAUGUUUGUACAAUACUGCAUGUAUAUGAUAAUAUUAAACUAUAGGACUUUCGUAGGUCCAUUCCUAACUUAAAAUUUUAAGUCGUAAAUUAAACGUAUUACGUACAUACUAAAAAGAAAGCAUAAGUAAACAACAUGAAUACUUCUCUCUCGUGUACAUCAAGGUCCUGUUAAAUAAGUUGUUUAUUAAUAAUAAACGCCAUCACGCUUGCAA